AGAGGCUGAAAACAUCCACACCGCCUGGUUCGUCGUACCUUGACGUGCGUAAUCAUUUUGCGCUUCAUUCCGCAUCCUGACCGCCGGAGGGUUCAGACAGCGCGCUCAGCAGUGAUCAGACCCCCAGUUUGGUGAGUGAAGAUGAUUCCUGUGCUGAUCUGUGCGUUGAUCUCACUGAGUGUAGCUACGAAUGAUUUAGACACUCUGUAUCCUGAACUGGAGCACUCGAGAACCAUCUAUGUCACAGAGAAUGGCCCUCGACUCUCAGUGUCGACAGACCAAUCGAAGGUGGUGUCGAGGCGAGGAGGGAACGCCACGUUACCAUGCAAGAUCCACAUGGACCCAUCACUGACACCCAGUCGGAAGAUGAGGAUCAAAUGGACCAAGCUGACCUCGGACUACCUGAAAGAGCUGGAUGUAUUUGUCGCCAUGGAUUAUCACAAAAGGAGUUACGGCAGUUUCCACGGGCGCGUCCACCUGCAGGGCUCUUCUCCCAUGGAUGCCUCUCUGGUUAUCACAGAGCUCACCCUGGAGGAUUAUGGGAGAUAUAAAUGCGAAGUUAUCGACGGACUGGAAGACGGAACAGUGGUGGUGUCCCUCGACCUGGAAGGUGUCGUCUUCCCCUACUUCCCCCGCCUGGGUCGCUACAACCUCAACUUCUACGAUGCUGAGCGGGCGUGUCGUGACCAGGACGCCAUCGUGGCCUCCUUUGACCAGCUGUACGACGCGUGGCGAGGAAAGCUGGACUGGUGCAACGCCGGCUGGCUGAGCGAUGGCUCAGUCCAGUAUCCCAUCGUCACACCCAGAGAACCCUGCGGAGGCAAGAACACGGUGCCGGGCAUUCGUAACUACGGCCUGAGAGACAAAGAUGGGAACCACUACGAUGUGUUCUGCUUCACCUCCCACUACAAAGGUCGGUUCUACUACCUGAUCCACCCCUCUAAGUUAACCUACGACGAGGCGGUCCAGGCGUGUCAAAAAGAUGGUGCUCAGAUUGCCAAGGUCGGCCAAAUGUUCGCCGCCUGGAAGCUGCUAGGCUACGACCGCUGCGACGCUGGCUGGUUGGCUGACGGCAGCGUCCGUUAUCCCAUCUCCCGACCCCGCCGGCGCUGCAGCCCCACGGAGGCUGCCGUGAGGUUCAACGGCUUCCCCGACAAAAAGCACAAGCUGUACGGAGUGUAUUGCUUCAAGGGCCACAACUGAGCUGCAAACACACACAGAGCAUGCACACACACACACACACACACACACACUCACACACACACACACACACACACACACACAUUCAUACACUAGUGAACACACUAGUGGAAAAAGAGACGCAUUCAAACUGUGAUGCUUUAUUUCAUUGAACCUUAAGACAUUAUUGUCAGACAUGGUGUUGCUUUGUAAUCUGGGACCUGACACUCUCUGAGGGUUAGUUUACACAUAUUUAAGGUUCAUAUUAUUUAAUCAAUGCCUUUGAAGGGGGUGGGUGGGUUGUUUUGGGGGGUGAGGGUUGGAGGAUAUCACAGCUACAGCCAUACUGUCAUUCAGUGGACCAGGCAUGUCGUAUAAGAAGGAACAACACGUCUGAACUGAGAACAGUUUCACAGCAGAAAGACUUGUGGUUGGACGGAUACUUUGGGCACUUAUCUUGUUUUGUUCAAGACCUGGAACAACAACAACAACAAAGCCACGAAACACAGCUGAAAGAAAACCCUGUGAUACUUGUCAUCAGGUAGGAAUACAAGCCUCGCACAACUAAACCGAUCUUUGCUGUCCAUACUUAACAAGGUGCUACGACUGGUACUUUGUACUUCAUCUUACCGUCCAGUAUUUUAUGUUUUUAUACGAAUGUGUUGGACCAAACAUCAUCACCAAACUGAAUAAGAAAAAUCCAACAUUGUUUAUGUUUUCUAAAUAUGUAGAAUGUUAUAAUCUAGAAAUGUAAUUCUGUUUAUGACUAUUUUUUGAUAUACUGUAGAAAUAUUUACAUUAUUAUUUUUUCUCUUCUUGGCCAAACUAUCUGAGUCUCUUUGGUUUACAUAAAGCGUAACAUAAGGGUGGAAAAAAACAAACAAACUCCACAAUACUAAGGAAAAAAAAAGAAGAAUUUUUUUGCACUGAAUAUGUAGAAGAUGCCUAAAGGAGGAGAGACGAGGCAAACAGUAGUUCGCCCUGUGCAGCAGUAGAAAAUGCCUGGCAUGAAUAGGAACUGUGCUGCAGAGUCACUCUUGUUGCUGUAUCUCUCUGUUUGGCUUCAUCUUAGACUUCAGAGCAUGACUUAGCUUCCUCCAGCACAAAGCAGCUGUCAGUGUAGAUCUACACACUCUAUCUAGCUAUCUAUCUACCGCCUUGAUAAACUGCUAUUUUUGAUACAAAUACUGUAGUUUCUUAUAGUGAACGAGCAGAGCCCGGGCUGGCCUCAUCUGUGACGUCAGCCCUGCGUUUGUAACUCCAUGAAUCGGACUCAGAGGGUUCCCCAGGUAAACCUUUGAGGAAGAGUCUAAACUUUGUUUCUUUAACCUGUCAUCCAGCAGUGGAUCGAACCUUUUAAGGUAUUUUCAUGAUCCCACGAAUAAAAUCUUUGCUUGAGUCUAAACACAAAAAAACUUGUUAGCUAUAGUAGUGGCCAGCGCAGAGUGUGGAAAUUUUACAAACAUCUGAUCAGUUACUUUCUUCAACAAAAACUAAGAAAAUUAAUUACUGACAACCUUUUUUUCUGUGACAGGAAAAGUAUCAUACGGAGCCUCCAAGGGUCGAGGUGAUUAAUAUUAUUAUUAUUUUGACAUUCUCUUGCAAUCGUUUAGCUACACAGGAUAAGAAAACCGCAGUAGUUGAUAGCAAACUGUCCAGUUAAGAUGUAAAACCUUUAAAAAUUAAUGUUACAUAGGUCUAUUCUUAGGUUGCAGGUAACAAGAAGAGUCCGACUCCUUUUAGAUUUAAUCACAGCAUUUGUGUUGUCACUCUGGUGAGAUAGCGUUAAAGAUCGCCUUGUAAAUUAAAGUGUUUUUGCAGCACUGCUACAUAAGUUGUUGAUUGUCCCAAAAUUGAUUGCGGGACAAUGCAAAAGUUUUGUCAGAGAACACAAAAUUUAUUGCGAGAGAAAGCAAAACUGAUUAUGGGAGAACUCAAAAUUUAUUUUGAGAGAAAUCAAAAGUAUUGUCAUGGAAACCAAAAUUUAUUGCGAGAGAAUGCAAAAGUAUCGUCAGGGAACAAGAAAUUUAUCUUAAUAAAAUGCAAAAGUAUUGCAAGAACGCAAAAUUGAUUGUAAGAGAACAUAAAAGUAUUGCAAGAAAAUGCUAAAUUUAUUGUGAGAAAAAAAAUCUACUUUAUUAUGAGGGAACACAAAAUAUUGCAUGGUUCUGUCCAAGAAUAAAAACUAAAUGAUGAUGAUAGUGCCUGAUGAAUGGACAUUUAUUAAUUAAUGUUUUAGUGUAGACUCAGUGGUGGAAUCAGACGUUGGUAAAACAACUAUGCCGCUCAAAUUCAGAGGUGGAUUUAGUUGCUUGACCUGGUGCACUUAAGGGCAACAUCAUUCAUUUUGGUAAAGAUAUGUCUCUGACAGUAAUAUUAGCUAAUGCCAAUGAGUCUUGGGAAGAGAAAAAAUAUAACAGAUUCAUGGACCAGUUCAUCCACAAUCCCAAAGACUACCGGCAGGAAUGAGUUCAGGAUUAAUGUCGGCUGUCAAAAGUCUAAAUCUUCAUCUAGAUCUCUGUUUCUAUGACCCUUUGGUUGCUCGUCUAAGCUUAGACACGUGAGAGAAUGACAACUGUAUUCAACAAAAGCUUUAACUUUGGCAACAACAUAUCAAAUAAUGCGACAGCUGCAGUCUCAUGGUGCUGUCAGGCGGACAGCGAAGGGAAUUUUCACCUUAUGUAUUUGCACAAAUUUGAAUACAGGACCUUUGACUCACCAGAAACUCCUGAUAUAUAUUUUAUUCUCUUUUUGUUAAUGAUUCAUAAAGUGCCAAGAUUCACGCAGGUUUUUAGCUCAAGCUGAGACAUUUUUGGCAUGCGUGAAAUUAUGCUGCCUGGGUGAAUCUGCAUCUUUGACUUUGUCCACAAUCUUUCCACGUCUAAAAGCUGCUUGAUGUUCUCAAAAAUUUGCUCAGUGUUCUCUCUGAACACAAAGAGUGUGCAGAUGACGUAAAAUUAAAAAGGUACAUUUUUGUCAGAGACUAAACCAAACCAACGCCAGGUGCUGAAGUUCACACAUUUGAUGACACACUAGACAUCUGUGCAACCAAGAUGCAGCUGGAUAAAAUGCAAAUAAAAAUAUGCAGAUUUUCCCCGUGAGGUUUGCGUUGCUGAAUCAUGGAGUAACGUACAAAGUGCUGAGGUCACAGAGUGAGCAUGGUUCUCCUGGCAGCGACUGGCGCCCUGAUUGUUAUCUGAGCUCUGCAGAGACUCUGAACCAGCCGACACAGCGGGCCUGCAGCCAACCUGCACCCAGCCUGCUGCGUGAGACAGAAAUACAAUACAUUCAAAAUACCAAUAAUUCCUGCGUGGAGGCACAAAGGGCUUCUUCCAUGUAAGGUUAUCAGAGAGUAAUCGGUGCACAUUGAUCAAGUGUAAGCUCACUGUACGCAGGCCCAGCUGGCCCAGAUACUGGUUUAGGUCAUCCACUUGGGCCUGGUACACGGUCAGCUUUACUUGGCUCCACCUUUGACAAGCCACUGAACAAUCAGCCACACUUAUCACUGCAGAACUGGUGGACAGACUUGUAUAAAUAGAUCUCAGUAACGAUUAGACAAUGUGGGAAACUUAACAGUGAUUUUACAGAAAAGCAGCUGUGAAGUGAAACACUCACUGAAGAGUCUUCUGAGGGAUUACAAAACAAAAAAAAGGUUCCUUUUAACUUGUAUUAUUUUCAGUUAUUGUAAACAUUUUGCAAACAAUGUUAAUUGUCAGAUUGUUAAAGGGAUACUUUGACAUUUUGGGGAGUGCAACCUCACUGAAAUACUUGAGGACGUCAGAGUUUGUAACUCCCCAUGAAACCACAACUUCCUGUUUUUACAUUUAUGCUUGUGUUCACGUUAAACAAAAACAUAUGUUAUGUUGAUUAGAAGAGAUGUAGAUUCACACCACUUUGAUCUGUACGUUAAUUAUGAAGCAACAGUCGCAGCUGGUUAGCGUAGCUUAGCAUAAAGACUGGAAACAAAGGGAAACAGCUAGCCUAGCUCUGACGACAUAACUAAGGCUACAUGUCUAUGGACAUCAUCCAAAUCAGAUUUUUUUGCCUUCCAUUUGAAGUAAAAAUUCUGUCCACACGACCAUCAUUUACAAAAUAUCUCUGUCCACGUUAUGGAUUUAGAAAGAGAACUGGAUACAGCAUUGGAGAGGUGUUGCCGUUCAUUCCUAUAAACAUUGCUCAGUGGUGCUCGAAGCCAAAAAAGUAGAUUUCCAUGACACGAAAAAGCGGUAACUUGAAUGGGAAUAAAAGUAAAUUCAAUCAUGAGGCUCAUCUAGAA